UGUGUCUGUGUGUUUCUCUUGUUUUUCCCGCGCCUGAGCCGGAAGCUCAGCGGGUUCCGGAAGCUCAGACCGCAGCUUAGAUAAGCGGAGACGCGCUGGAGACGAUGGAGCCCGCGGAAUUCAUGGAGAUUUGCGCUGAAGCAGAAGAAGGGCGCCUGGAGCGUCUCCGGCAACUUCUGGCGCGCCCGGACGCUGCGAGCCUGAGGAUCUCCGGUGCAACUUUGGUGUCCGCCUGUUGCGCCCUGGGCAGUGAGCACGCGCUGGAGCUUGCGGUGGCCUCGUUACCGCAGCAGCUGAAUGCAGUGGACAGCCUGGGCUUUCCGGUGCUCCACGGCGCCUGCGAGCGCCGGGAAGGCGUCGGACUCUUAAGCCGGCUGCUGGAGGCGAAGGCGCUGCCAGAACAGCUCACCGCUGACGGGCGGUACCGCCUGGGCCAAACGUCAACCAUCUACAACGAGGGUGGGCGGACAGCCUUCCACGUGGCCGCCACCACGGGCGACGCAGAGAUUGUCCAGCUCUUGCUGAAGUCAGGCCCUGGUGCCCUCGACGCGCUGGACAGCUUCGGCAACCGGCCGCGCGACCUGGCGGAGGAGCAGAUGAUGCUGGAGCCGGGGAAGGGCCAUGAAAGGGUCUUCGAGCUCUUUGGAGGGUCCUCCACUUCUCUGACCGCAGCAGAGGCGCGAGCGCGCCGAAAGGCGCGGGAGCACGAGCUCCGGCGCCGGGUGGCGUGCCAGGACGAGGAGAGGUGCCUUCAAGAGAAGAUGGUCAUGGAAGAGGCGUUGCGCGCCUACCAGCCACUCGAUGCGCCCCUGGUAUCCGGAGAAUGGCCGAGCUGGGGAGACUGCGCAAGCUCUUUGGAGGAGCGCUCCCCCGGCGUCUUCCUUUUCCAGCUGCUGCCAUCAGAGCUUUGUGGAAGGGUUUGGGCUGAGAUUGAGCACUACCUUCAGCGAGCGGAGGAGCAGCAGCUUCCGCGGCCGGUGCGCCACGACGGGUGCCUGGACGUCUCUCAGAUCUUCCCUCAGAUGCUGCGACGGAUCUCGGCCGCUGCGGGGCCUGCGCUGCGGAAGCUGGCGGAGACGCCACGCUUGCGCCACGCCUUCCGCACCAAGAACUUCCCCCAGCGGGACGAGGACUUUGCCCGGCACAAGGACAAGUACGCGGUGACGCUGAAUGUCUGCCUGCGGAGGAGCGAGGACCUGCAGGGCUCCAGGGUCUUCUUCUUCGCCAAUGACACGGACCCGCCCAUCUACUGCCACGAGCAUCAGGUGGGCCUCGCGGUACUGCACUCCUCUAAGGAGUGGCACCAGACCGAGGAGUGUUACCAAGGUGAGCGCGGCUCCUUGAUUCUGUGGUACGACUAGGGCGUUUUCGCGCCGCGGAACAAAAAUGCUCGUCUCUCCCUAGUGAGACAUUCAGCCUUUGCCUCACGUAGUUUUGGUUUUGUCUCAAAAUCGGGAGCCCCCCU